GUAAAUGAUGACAGAAUUUUCAUUUUUGGCUGAACUAUCCCUUUAAGUAAUAAUUUUCUGUAUGACUGUAUCAGUCUCUCACAUUGUUUGGAGGUUUUGGUUCUUCUUUACAACAUUGCAAUGUCCAGUUCAUUGAGGUUGGUGGAGCUUUUGUUUAUGCACAUGAUUUCAGUCAGGAUGAGGUCUGGACAAUGACUGGACUGUUGCAACCACUUUAUUAUUUUCUUUUCCGACAUUUUGUUGUAGAUAUGAUUCUGUGCUUGUAUCAUUAUCCUGUUGCAUGACCCAGUUGUGGCUAAGCUUUAGCUGUCAAAUGGAUGUCCUCACAUUGGACUCUAGGAUGGUUUAAUAUAGACCAUUUUCCAAGAUGUAAACAACACUGGUCCAGAAACACUUCCUGUUUCAGUUUGUAACUGUUUUCUUUAUUUCACAUAUAAAAAACAUUUUAAAGAUGAUUUUUAACUUUUUUAAUUCAGUUCUAUAUGUUCUGUUGGUUGUAUUUUAUCCCAACGUUUAUGUAGUGUUAAAAAACUGAAACAGAAAGUGCUUCUGACCCCGUGUUGUUUACAUCUUGCAAAAUGGUCAUACCAGUGGUUCUUAACGUUAUUCCUGGAAGCCCACUGCUCUGCACAUUUUUUAUGUCUCCCUUAUUAAACACACCUGAUUCAAAUCAUCAGCUAAUUAGAAGAGAUCUCCAUGAACUGAACUGUCUGUCAAAUAAAAGAGAUAUACAAAAUGUGCAGAGCACAUGGUCGACUCAAUCACUGUGAGGUGCCCAGGUCAUGUGCCUAUAGACCCUUUUACUGUUUGUACACAAUGAUGACGUGGCAACGUAUGCGCGCACAUUUUGGCAACGGAAGUAUGGCAAGAAUCAGCACUGAAGCAACACAGACAGAGAAAGUUAUUUUAAAACAUUGACUUAUCAACUUUUUUAACACAGCUACCUGAUCCGUAUACUAUAGUGGAGUGGAUAGAAGAUGUUAGCAGAUGGCCAAAUAUAAAGUGGCCAGAUACAUAUAUACGUAGCCUAUAUUAGUUAUUAUAUUAGUGCAACCAAACGCAACAACCAGACAUUUUGAUGCUGGGAAACCAUUUUGAUAAACUUUCUGAGUUGCUAACACGUUAGAACCAAUGGGGAACAAUACCACUUUCGUCGUCAAAAUGCACGCGCAGGCUAUUUGAUCACGUGAGCUGGAAAAGGGUUUAUUGCCCUGCUGACAAAAACAGCAUACCAGCAAGACCAGCAUAUGUUGUGUUUUGGUGCUGGUUUGCUAGUGAACACCAGCUAAACCAGCAUCCAACCAGCACCAGCAUUAGCACCAGCUAAACCAGCAUUAGCACCAGCUAAACCAGCAUUAGCAUACCAGCAUAUGUUGUGUUUUGGUGCUGGUAUGCUGGUGACCACCAGCUAAACCAGCAUAGACCAGCAUAAUUCCCAUGCUGGUCCAUGCUGGUUUGAUUCUGUUUUUUUCAGCAGGGUGAACAAGCAUGUGUUGCAUUUGUUGUGAGGUGUUUGUUCACAUGCAGCUUUGCAAACGUUAGCCAUGCUGUCAAGUUUUUUUCCAGUAGAGGAUUUCCCCUGGCAAUCCUUAAUCACAGGCAUUUGAUUAGCAGAGCCUGAAUACUACUGUCAGACUCUUAAUUCAUCUUUUAACAGUGUCAUAACUUGUCUCAUGUCUUUUUUCCCUUGGUUUAUUUUUGUUAAAUAAAUAAUGACAUGGUGUGAUAUGUCAAGUGUUGUUAUCCAUCUGGUUUUCAUUCUAAAACGCUUUACAUGGCUUAAUGUAGGCUUAAAUGCCUGCAUAGGCAUGUCUGUAUAGUAUGCUUUAUUAACAAGGUGUAGGCUAGACUAUACUGAAUCUUUAAAUGCCAGUCUUAAUGCAUUAAGGCACAUUAAGUGUGUUAAGCACAAUGCAUCAUAUUAGGCCUGAUCUGUUUGUCAAUAUAGAAGGCUGCUUUAUUAAUAAUGUUACAGAUUAGUCUUUCAAUAUCAUGGUCUUGAUGCAUUAAGCAUUUUCUUUAUUUUAAGAUUAGUUCACAUUCAAAUAGCCUGCAAAAAUACAUCAUCCCUGCAGCACUCUAUGCCCAUUUCAGUUUUAAAAUAAAGUAUUAUCAUGGUUUGAGAGUAAUGUGUGGGAGAAACAAUUAGACAAAAGAUAACUUUAAAUUGACUUUUUUACAUUAAUCUGUUCAUUUUUAAUUUUGAUUUAUAAAGAUGCAAAAUGUAAUUAAAUCUAAAAAAUAAGUCAAUAUUUCAUUUUUUUUUUUCAAAACCUCUGAUAAUAUCAGAAGGGCUUAUAAGCCUAAUGGAAAUUUCCUGAACUGUGUGUUCACCUGACAUAUCAAGUCCCCAUCACAACCACCCCACCCCCUGCGAUAGCCAAUAGGGGAUGACAACAGCACCCCUCCCCCAUUCACUCUCAUGCAGUCACGCAGGUGCGACCUCCAUUUUAGUUUAAUUUUGAUCAGAACUUGGAAAGACGAAACAUCUCCCCGGAAUAUUUCUUUUUGAUGGGAGCAUCAUGGACAAAAAAAGCCCAAAUAAAGUCAACAAAAGGAUCAGCAGGUUUGAACGUCGCAUCACAAGACUGAGAAAGCAUCAUGGUGAAUGUGCCAGGAGACAAUCAGCUAGAGAAAAGGCAAUGGAAACAUCAAGUGUUGGCACCAUCAUGCCUCACCAGGACCCAGAUGACCAGGUCCCAUCUCCCCUCCAGCAGGACAUACUUGACUUAAAAUUGAUGUGUAGAAAACGAUCCUUGCUGGAUUCAAAGGGAAAUAUGGACAGUUCAAUACCUUCAGAUGUUACCAAGCCGUUUGGCAAAAAGUCACUGUCUACAAAGAAAUCUGCGGACACAGACAGUGAUGCAGAUACAGAAAUCCUAGAGUUGCCCAGUUCUUCUGUAUCACCAGGAGCCUGUGAUGUCCCAGACCUAAAGAGGACUGACAGUGUAUUCCUUACCAAGAAAUCAUUAGGGAUCAGUUCCACUUCAGAUGACUCAAUUAGCAGCAUUGACAACAGUGAAGACGAGUAUGUGCCUGAAUCGGAGAGCAGUUCUGAAGAAUCUGAAGACAGCAUUCCACAGCCUUUGUCCAGUCCCUCAUCUACCAAUGUGUCAUUAGGUGACAAUGUUGAUUCUUCCUCAUCUUCCAUGAAUGCAGACAAGGAAUGUUCCCCACUUGAAGUUAAGGAGACAAUGACUCAUUCAGAUAAUGACUGCAGUAGUGAGGUUUCUGUAAUGAAACUGAAAAAGACUGCAUAUGGCCAAAGAAUGUACAACAAAAAGCAUUAUUGCUUUUAUUGUUACAAACCAUUCUGCAAAAUGGCAAGACACUUGGCCCAAGUUCAUAAAAAUGAGGUCGAUGUAGCAAAAGCUCUUUCUUAUCCAAAGGGGUCUAAAGAAAGGAAGAUUAAUUUGGAUCUUUUGAGGAAUAAAGGGAACCGUGUACACAACACAAAUGUUCUAAAAGCUGGCAAAGGAGUGUUGGUGCCACGUCAACAAUCCACUGCUAAAAACGUGAAUUUUAAGGACUACUUGCACUGUUUGAACUGCCAAGGGCUGUUCAGGCGAAAAGCACUUUGGAGGCAUAUGUCAAGGUGUAACCUGGCCAAGAAGUGCCAGGUCACAAAACCAGGUAGAUCCAGAGUUCAAGCACUCUGUGCUUAUGCAGAGCCUGUUCCUGAAGGAGUAACAAAAAAAUUAUGGAAACUGAUCAGUGACAUGAAGCAAGAUGAAGUAACGCACGUGGUUAAAAGUGAUGCAUGCAUCAUCAAGUUUGGAGAACACUUGUGCAACAAAAUGGGGAACGACAAAACCAAGCAUGAAUACAUCAGAACUAAAAUGCGUGAGGCUGGAAGGCUGUUGGUAUCUGCUAGAAAAGUUGGAAAACUGCAGAGUAUUAAAGACUUUUUCAUACCCCAAAACUUCUAUGAUGUUAUUAAGGCCGUUAAAGAUACAGCGGGAUACCGAGAAGAAGAUGAGGUCUUUGCAAUUCCGUCUUUGGCGUUAAAACUGGGGCACAACCUAAAAAAAAUGGCAGAUAUUGCAGAAUGUGAAGCAAUGAUUGCAGGAGAUGAAAACAUUGUCCAAAAGGUAAAAAUGUUUAAGAAAAUGUAUACCACAAAAUGGAAUGAAUUGGUGUCAGCCUCAGCCUUGAAGACACUUAAUGAAGCAAAAUGGAACACUCCAGAGCUUCUUCCUUUUACUGAGGAUGUUAAGAAAAUGCACAUCCAUCUCAGCAAGCAAACUAAACUGUACCAAGAAAAGCUAAAACUUGAGAAAAGUCAAAAGAACUGGUCAAAUCUUGCUCAAGUGACUCUGUGUGAUGUAAUGGUGUUUAAUCGCAGGAGAGCAGGAGAAGUUUCGAAAAUGAAGUUGAAUUCAUAUCUUCUCCGAAACACAUCUGUUUUGCAUUCUGAUGUCGCGGUUGCUUUAUCUAAAGUUGAGCAGAAGCUCUGUCAGCAUUUCCAACGUGUUGAAAUUAGAGGCAAGCGAGACAGAAAGGUGCCAAUACUCCUGACCCCAAGUAUGCUGGACUCCAUGGAGCUACUUGUAAAGAAUCGUCAAGCAUGUGGUGUACAUGAUGAAAAUCUUUUUUUUUUCGCAAAACCCAUGACUGAGACAUCAUACUACAAAGGCACGGAUUGCAUCAGGAAGGUUGCCUACCAGUGUGGAGCUGAACGUCCAAAGACUCUAAAAACCACAAAGCUGCGGAAACACAUUGCAACACUUUCUACAGUGCUUAAUCUGAGAGAUACUGAUAUGGACCAAUUGGCAGAUUUUAUGGGACAUGAUAUAAGAGUUCAUAGAAACUUUUACCGACUGCCUGAAGGGACGUUACAACUAGCAAAGAUCAGCAAGGUGCUGAUGGCCCUUGAACAGGGAAGGGUAUCAGAAUUCAAGGGGAAAAACCUUGAUGAAAUUAACCUUGAUCCUAAUGAGAAAGUGAAUGUAGAGACUGAUGUUUCUGAAACUGAUGUUUCUGAAACUGAGGAUGAAGAAAGUGAGGGUGAGAUGCCACAGCCAAAAAAACGACGUCGGUCCUCUUCAACAUCUAUAGCGGAAUCUUCAGUUGGCACCAAGUCUUUGAGGGAAAUGCCACAGCAAGAGAAGCAAUGUCAGUCCCCUUCAACAUCUACAGAAGAAAAUUCAUUUGCCCGCAAGUCGGCAAAGGAGAGAGCGACGACUUCAAACUCAGGUUUGUCAAAAUGCCCCAAAAGAAAGUGGACAGAAGAGGAGGUGAAGGCAGUUGAAAACAAACUUUUAGACUGCAUCACAUCUGGCAGGUUACCAGGGAUAAGACAGUGUGAAGACUGCAUCAGGUCAGCGCCGGAAUUGCUUAAAAACAGAACCUGGAAAUCAGUGAAGUUUUAUGUCAAGAACCGAAUAACAGCAUUCAGGAGAGAGUGUGAGAAAAGAAAGAAAAUGUAAUGUCUCAGGUCAGAUUAUUCCUUUUUUUUUCAGGGAAAUCAAGCACUUUUAAGUUCUAAGAAAAGUUUUUGUACUUGCAUUCGUACAAUUAGUUCUGUGUUUGCACUUAUAUUCGUGCGAUGAGAUCUGUGUUUGCACUUGCAUUCGUACGAUGAGAUAUCUGUGAUUGCACUUUUAUUCGUACGUUGAGUUUUCUAAGAGAAGUUUUUGUACUUGUAUUCGUACGAUGAGAUUUCUACAUUUUUGCACUUUUAUUUGUACGAUGAGUUUUCUAAGAGAAGUUUUUGCACACUUAUUCGUACGAUGAGAUAUCUGUGUUUGCACUUUUAUUCGUACGUUGAGUUUUCUAAGAAAAGUUUUUGUACUUGUAUUCGUACGAUGAGAUUUCUAAGAGAAGUUUUUGCACACUUAUUCGUAUGAUGAGAUAUCUGUGUUUGCACUUUUAUUCGUACGUUGAGUUUUCUCAGAAAAGUUUUUGUACUUGUAUUCGUAUGAUGAGAUUUCUAAGAGAAGUUUUUGCACACUUAUUCGUACGAUGAGAUAUCUGUGUUUGGACUUAUAUUCAUACGAUGAGAUCUAUGUUUGCACUUGUAUUCGUACGAUGAGAUUUCUAAGUUUUUGCAGUUUUCUAAGAGAAGUUUUUGUACUUCGAAAUCUCAUCGUACGAAUACAAGUACAAGAACUUUUCUUAAAAAACUCAACGUAUAAAGAAAAGUUUUUGUACUUGCAUUCGUACAAUUAGUUCUGUGUUUGCACUUAUAUUCGUGCGAUGAGAUCUGUGUUUGCACUUGCAUUCGUACGAUGAGAUAUCUGUGAUUGCACUUUUAUUCGUACGUUGAGUUUUCUAAGAGAAGUUUUUGUACUUGUAUUCGUAUGAUGAGAUUUCUACAUUUUUGCACUUUUAUUUGUACGAUGAGUUUUCUAAGAAGUUUUUGCACACUUAUUCGUACGAUGAGAUAUCUGUGUUUGGACUUGUAUUCGUACGAUGAGAUUUCUAAGAGAAGUUUUUGCACACUUAUUUGUACGAUGAGAUAUCUGUGUUUGCACUGUUAUUCGUACGUUGAGUUUUCUAAGAGAAGUUUUUGUACUUGUAUUCGUACGAUGAGAUUUCUAAGAGAAGAUUUUGCACACUUAUUCGUAUGAUGAGAUAUCUGUGUUUGGACUUAUAUUCAUACGAUGAGAUCUAUGUUUGCACUUGUAUUCGUACGAUGAGAUUUCUAAGUUUUUGCAGUUUUCUAAGAGAAGUUUUUGUACUUCAAAAUCUCAUCGUACGAAUACAAGUACAAGAACUUUUCUUAGAAAACUCAUCGUACAAAUAAAAGUCCAAAAAUGUAGAAAUCUCAUUGUACGAAUAAUUUUUUUUUGCACUUUUAUUUGUACAAUGUGUUUUCUAAGAGAAGUUUUUGUACUUGUAUAAGUACAAUUAGUUCUGUGUUUGCACUUAUAUUUGUGCAAUGAGAUCUUUGUUUGCACUUGUAUUCGUACGAUGAGAUAUCUGUGUUUGCACUUGUAUUCGUACAGUGAGACAUCUGUGUUUGCACUUGUAUUCGUACGAUGAGAUAUCUAAGUGUGAUAAAUAAAAGAAGUACUUUUUUUCCAAAUGACAAUUUAUUUGAAUGCAAUUUAUUUUAUUUGAAAUUUAAUCUAUUUGCAAUACAUUUGUGAUAAGUGGUAGCUAGGGUUUCCAACUUCACAAAGAAAAAAUAUGGGACAAUUGUGUAUAAUAUACUUAAAUACUUGAAAUGUAGAUUUAACAUGGACGGCUUUUGGUACUUGACACUUUGUUGUGUUUUCUUACAUGGCUAGAUGUUGGACUCAUGAAAAAGAAGCACCUUAUUUGUAUCUGUAAAACAAUUUUUUCAAAGAUAAAUAAACAUUAACAUCUUUACAGAAUAAAACCACAAAAUAACAGCAUCAUGCAAAGCAUUCAAAGCACCAAAAUCUAAAGAAAUGUUUAAUGUUAAUUUAUCUUUGAAAAAACUGUUGCCAGUAAAUAACAAUCUUUUAAAUCUACAGCAAGUUACUGGCAAACAGCUGCAUAACUCAGCAAAUGUUACAGUGUUAGCAGGGAGCACCUGUUGACCUGUAUCAGGAUACUGAUUUAAGAAGCUUGAGGUGAGGUCCCCAUUGUUAACCUUUUUAACACACACAGUGACGUCAUUCAUUUGCAUAUCAAAACAUUACAUCAUAGGUCCCCUGGAGGGAAUUCUACCUGACUGGGUCCCCAGCAGUUUGUUAAAUGUCAGGUCAGCCUUCUGGGGGUCAGGCUCAAAUUUACAAGUGAUGGCUGUUAUAACGACUGUAAAUGUAGUGUGGACCAGUUUCUACCUUGUCUGUAGACCCCUCAGAAAGGGUGGUUCCCACCAGGCAGCAUUAUGUCAUGUGUCCCCACCCAGUAGUAAAAGCAAGUAUGUGUGUGUGUGUGUGUGUGUGUGUGUGUGUGUGUGUGUGUGUGUGUGUGUGUGUGUGUGUGUGUGUGUGUGUGUGUGUGUGUGUGUGUGUGUGUGUGUGUGUGUGUGUGUGUGUGUGUGUGUGUGUGUGUGUGUGUGUGUGUGUGUACUUGUUUUUAUAUCCCGAUGUGGACUUGGACCUGUUUGCACACCAAACCCGUGGGGACCUCCUGAACGGUGGGGACCUGAUUCAAGGUCCCCACCGGCACACCCAUUGAAAUGAAUAGAAAUGGCCACUUUAACAUGUCUGGCAGUGUUUCCCUGAAAAUUCCCUUAGGUUCUCAUGGGGUCGGUUUCACAGAAACAAUAUUGUGUGUGUGUAUAAACUGUGUAUCAGAGUGCGCCCCCUGUGGUCAAUACUGGAACAAGUGUG